CCCUUUAACACAGCGAACCGGGAGUGGAAAUACGAGAACUGUAGUCUCAUUAACGGCGAUGAAUGCGCUCAACGUCUCUAUAUAUUUGGCUACCGAGCCAUCGAUGACAAGAGCACAGCCCUAAACAUCCCUGAAAUGAAGGAGUAUUGUCAGGAAACACGAGAGGCAGAGAAGUGUGUGAAACAGUGGUCACAGAAGUGUCUCAAACCAUUUGAGAGACAAUGUCUUAAUCUAUUGCUUUCGGGCGCAACACAGAGUAGAAAAUCUCUUUGCACUUUCAAAGGGCAACAGCGUUUUCUACAGAAUCGACAAUGUUUUAUCAAAACUGUCAACACUCAACACGACUGUAUGGAUCAAUUCAAAGAGGAUAUGAACAAAAUACUAGCCAUCGAUAAAAGCGAUCUUAAACUCAAGCUCCGUUUUGCUGAUAAAUGGUUACAAUGUUUCCGAGAGUCGGCCAAAAAGGUUUGCGAUGCGAAUGGUAUGAAAUUCCUGAAAUGGGUGGUCGACCCAUACGUGGCCGACGCCCUGGACAUGGGCUGCAGUAAGGACUGGACGUAUGGGACGGACAUCUGCACGACAUCCCUAUCCCGAGUGCCGAUUCAACCAAACAGCGGACAAAACACUUCCCAUUCAAUACUGUUUCCCUUAUAUAUGUUUUUAUCUGAUUUCGGAAAAUUAGAAAAUACUGAUGAUUUCGAGUCGUUUCGAUUUAGUGCACACGAGUGGAGCACUGAU